GUCGUCCCAAAUGACGAUCUACAAUCUCUACAUUUUUGAUAAGCUUGGUACAUUGCUGUACUACGGGGAAUGGAACCGUCUGAAGCAAUCGGGAAUCACAAAAGAUGAGGAAGUUAAGCUUAUGUACGGUAUGCUGUUUUCAAUAAAAUCCUUCGUCAGUAAAAUUUCGCCCAUCGAACCACGGGAAGGCUUCCUGUACUAUAAGACGAACAAAUAUGCGCUCCAUUAUCUUGAGGUGCCUUCCGGGCUGAAAUUCGUCCUCAACACCGAUAACACGUCUACCGGUAUCCGAGAGUUUCUACAGAACAUAUACACGAAGAUUUGGGUUGAGUACGUCGUUCGAAAUCCACUGUGGACCCUCGGGACACCCGUCACGUCGGACAUUUUCAAGGCAAAGUUGGAUGAUUUUGUAAAACAAUCCCCACUCUACGGUACCAAGAUUAUUUAAUAGGAAACGA